AUGGCACCCAAUUUUAUGUUUAGUUUGGCUUCCGAAAAUGGUGGAAAUGGAUAUAUUGAUAAAAAAUCGAUCGACCAAUAUUCCAUUAAAACUAAAGUAAGUUAUAUUAAUUUCGUACAAAAUAUUGUAUUCUAUUUCAAAUUUUGUCCCUAUUCACAAUUGUAUUGUAUCACUAUUCGUUGUUCAUAUUUGAAAACUGACUUGAGAUGCACCAAUUCACAACAAAGUACUGGCACCACACAGGGUAACCUCUCUACUCAGCCAACACUUAACUUUCAGUGGUUGUUCUUUUGUUCUUGGUUUGAUGAAGAUGUCUAUCAUAAUGAGGAGUCAAAGAGCCAUAUGGCUCAAUGGUUUGUCUCUGAAAUGUAUUACAAGAUCUCCUUGAGCACCUCCAGAACCAGCAAACCUUGA